GGGUUCGGGUUCGGGUCGGGGAAGAUGGCGGCGCACUUCAGAGACAUCAAUGGCCGCAACAUCUUCUUCGAGCAACAGCAUCACUCGCCGCUCUGCCGCGAGUUUACCGUCAUCUCCCCGAAGCUGUCUCUCCGCUCCGUACUCGGAUACACCGCCUUCAUCUGGCUGGUGGCGUACUCCAUCUUCUACACCACGCAGAACACUUCAGUGCUCUCCGCCACCAUUAUCAUCACUCUCCUUGGGAUGAUCCUGCACCUCCAUUUCUGUAAAGUCGAUCAGGAAUCGAUGCUGAUCAUUGGAUCGAUCGGAGUCCAGAUGAACACCCUGUAUGCCUCUGGUCGGGAGCAUGUGAACUUCAUCGAGAUGAAGAAAGUGAAAGAUAUAGUAAUCAAUGAAGGCUUUUAUAUGCAGAAAGUGAUCUAUUACCUGUGUAUACUACUGAUUGACACAGAGAGCCCGAGAGGAGUGUCCGAGGUGGUGCCAGUGUUCCAGAGUGCGAAGCCACGUCUGGAUUGUCUGUCCCAGGUGUACAGAAGCUGUCAGGAAAUCUUACAACAGACACAGGUUGAACAGUGAGAUUGUUGGUGUCAAGGAAGAUCCUUACGUUUCCAGAAAGCGACCUAAAAGAAAUAUUUAAAAAAAAAUCAGUUUAAAAGACUUGCACCAAUGGACUCUUGCCAUCAAGGCGGCUUUGAAUACUUGCCAGCAUAAUCAGGAAGAUGGGCCCACCAGAUAUAAAACACCACACUACUAUCCAUUGGCAUUGCUAUUGACUGGAGUGUUCUUUGUUGGGUUACAUCUUGAAGGACAAUUUGUUACUUAUUUUGAGAAUUCAGCAAAACAUUGGAAAUAGAGUUGGAGAGGGAGACCAAGGAUUUAUUUUUGUUGUUGUUGCUGACUUGGCAGCGAGAAAAAAAAAACUUGUAUUCGUGAUCCGAGGAUGUGCCAGAAUACAUUGCUGCCAAGCAAGUGCUUUUGGAAUGUAGCCACUGUUGAAUAUAAGAGCGGAGCAGUUGAUUUUGUGCACCAAUCUGUCACAAGCUGCAGUGUGAUAAUGUUCGAUGUCUUAGUACUGUUGGGUGAGAGUUAAACAUUGACCAAACACCAGAGAAGCUUUCCUAGUCCCCAAUGAAAUAAUGAGACUCCAAUCUGAGAGCAUAAUCAAGGCUUAAUCGUUUCGUCCGAAAGGUAGCACUCCCUCAGUAUAGUAACGCAGUCGGCUAAUUUCAUGCGCUCUGAGGAAAAGAUGGUAAUAAUUGCUAUCAGGGUUUCUUUAUGGAGACCUGUGUCUAAUGCUCCAUCUAACGAUGGCUAAUACUUUGGUUUGUAUCAAACUAUUGUUGUGAUUAUUAGUAUGGCAAUGCAGGAGCUUCAUUUUGAGGCUCGGCGUUAUGGGCGACAGUGGUGCAGUAGGUGGAGCUGCAGCCUUGUAUCUCCAGCAACCCUGGUUCCAUACUGACCUCUGGUGUUGUCUGUGUGCAGUGUACACAUUCUCUGCAGGCUGCACGAGUUUUCCCUCGCAUUGCACAAACUGCUCUGGGUUGUGGGUUAACUGACCGCUGAAAAUUUCUAUCUAGUGAAGGUGGCAGGCAGAUCAGUAUUGAGUGGAAGGUAGCGAAUAGAUUACAGGGAACAAGAGGAAUAGGAUUGCUCUAAGAGACAACACGUGAUGGGCUGAAUGAUCUUCCUGCUAUAAGGAAUUAUGGAAAAUGAAUUUUAAGGCUGAUUCUGCACAAGUUGGUGUACUAGCUUGACUAGGCUCUCUAGUGAAAGAUUAAAGACUAAUUGUGUGUGAUAGUAGUGAGCAUAUUGUGAUUAAAUAAAUUGAAAAGCAGCCAAUCUGUACUGAGAGCAACAACAAAAAACCUGGAGUCUUUCUAUUGACGAAGUAGUGCCCACUCAAGUGGCUUUCCCUACUGGGCCUGGAGAGACGAUAUUAGAGGUGACCGGAUAAUUCUGUGUUAAACAAGAAAGCAAAGCAUUUGUUUAUUCUGAUCCAGUUCUCUGAAGCCUAUGUAUGCAACAAUUUCCAAAUAGCAGUUCACAUAUGAAACUGAGAACCUGCCUCUCUCAAGCAGCCUUAUGUAAAUCGCCCAGACUGUGUAGAUCAGUGAAGGUUAGAUCAAACAAGUGCUGGUGCUUUUUGAUGAAACAGUUUUAUAAUCUAAUGGGUCAGUCCCACUGUCACGACCUUUUUAACUCGUGGACAUUUUUCAUCAUGUUGAAAAAGCGCCCUGACCUACUUGAUGCCACGAGUACCUACAACUAGCAUCCCGACCACCUACGACCUCGUGACGACCAUGCUGCGAGUAUGAGUCAAGGGCAAACUCGGCAGAGGUCGUGAAAUCUCGUUGCACUGACGUGCAAUGACAAUAAAAUAUAUUAUUAUUAUUAUUAGGUCAUGGAAGUGGGACAGGCCCUUAACUCUAAAUGCGCAUGGAAGUGGUUAUACGUGGGACAGCAUUUGUAACGUGAACCAUGAAUGGCCAAGGCUCCUGCAGUGGCUAGCAGGAGCCAAUAGAAAGUUUUGAGUGUGUCUGGUCGAGUUCUGAACUGGGGGGUAGUUGGAGGAGGAAGGUGUGUGUCAGUGUAUCGAUGACAAGAAGCUGGUCGCAAAAGGAGCUCAGCCAUUCACUUGGUUUAAGUGCUAAAUAUCCUUGCUCAGUGGGCAACAGAAGUGGCUACUUUAGCCAGGUGUGUGAACUGAACCAAUGUACUCUUAAUUUAUCUUUACUGUAAAAAGAACUAACGGGUUAUAAUAAGACUGUAAAUACUGCAUAAUUAAACUAAUCUGGCUUCUCCAACA